ACCGAACCACGUCCAAUUUGUUGGCAGUUGUAGCCACGGUUUGUACACCUCUUUGCGAUGUCUCGCUAGAACGAAACAUGGCACCUGUUUGGCUUAUUUAAGAGGCAGCGAGAGCGCAGGUAGUUUUCCUCACGACACCUAUCCAGGAAUCCCUAUGGCGGACCCCAACAAUACCGGACUCUUCUCCAAGGAGGAAUUCUUGAGAACGCUGGUGGAACCUGACAAACAGUGUCCCAUCUGUUACGACGACUAUCAUCUCAGCGAUCGCUUUCCCAUCCGGCUGCCUUGCAGCCACUACGCCUGCAUUCACUGCAUCAGGAGAUGGACAGACGCUGAAGCGCGCAGCACAUGUCCUACGUGCCGACACGAGUUGUAUCGUCAUCACGAAACUCCAAUCGAGCCACGCCCCAGAGUUGAGUUCUUGGUCAACGGGAUUGCCUUCCUCGGCUCUUGGGAAUCUUUAUGCUCGGAGGAUAUCAAUGGACUCGUCCGACUUACUCAGGCCAUCUGGAAAGCCAUGUACCUCAUCCACUGGCCGGAACAAUCGCCUCAAAACUUUUACGAAAACAUCACAGCCGAGCUCAUAGCCAUAGCGCUUGAGCGCGCCAUUGAAGACACGGAUUUGAGCGUCAUGUGGCCCCGUAUUCCCAUUCUCCUUCGAGCCCUUCACCAAGCUCUCCCGCUUUCUUUACUGCCUUUGGUUCGUCUUGCGAUCAAGAUGCUCUUGUUCGUGGGGUGGGACCACGGACUGCAUAUCAGCGACGAUGUUGCCCGCCUUUGGUGGACAGUCAACGCACAGAUACCCGCUAACGGAGAUAUUGAUUGGCACCUCAUUCACCACAGCCUGGCUUUCUCCAACGACCGCGAUCUCACCGUUAUGCACUGGUUCACCGUGCUGCUUACCCAGGAUAUUCAGCUACAACCGCAUCGCUGGUCUUCAGACCUUCCAUUGCGCAACUGCGAUCGAGUCUUAGCUUGGGGCUCUGGGUGGCUGGGAUUUCACGCUGAACCGCCCUUGGUACUUGUUGGCCAUGUAGCCCGCGUCGCUACGAGGUUAAAGAAGAAAUACGAGGAGAGGGAUUCCAGUUUUGUGCUUACCGGGGCGGAGGGCGAGCUCCAAUGCAUACGGGAACUCUGGGAUCGGCCAAGCCAUUGGCGAGCCCGCGCGCCACGCCAGCAGUUGGGGCCGGCCCACGAUAGGUGAAAGAGGUUGCAGUUGCCGUCGCUGGAGUCGAAAUAGAGUAUAUGUAGCUAGGCAUGGUUUGUCUAUAUUGAUGCGCUUAAAAGCUUCCCAAUUAUAAGCAUCAAUUAAUCUGCGCUUCAUGGUCGAUCAUUUUACCGGUGGAGCGAGCCCCGCAAACUACCCCAGCACUA